GCGGACACCGGCGAGGGCGGUCGCGCCUCCGGGCAGGAGCCUGGAAGACCCUCGGGCGGGCGGGUAGGCGGGCUAUGCCGCGCUGGGAGCUGCUGAGACCAUCGCAGUAAGGAACAGGCGCGAAGAGUAGGCGGAGGAGGCAGGACCAACAGCAGCAGCACCAUGGAGAAUAAAUGGUUCAUGGACCUCAUCUUUGAUGAAUUUAGAGAUGGCAAGAUCAAUCUAGAUAAGACCUUGAAACUGCUAAAUAAGUUUGACGUCAGUUACGACUACGUUCAUGUGAAAAAGGUGUUUAAGAAAAAUGACAAACAGAAGUCUGGACUUAUUACCAUGGAAGAUUUUAGGGCAAUUUAUCGAACGCUUCUGCACCGACCGGAACUUCACGAACUCUUCAGCAGCUACUCGCCAAACAAAAAAGUUCUAACAGUAUCAAAUCUGUGUGACUUUCUUAGAAAGGAACAGUUUGAACUUGAUGUUAAUGAAGCAAGAGCUGUGUCACUCAUUAAUAAGUUUGAACCCAUUGAUGAAGCAAGAAGCCAAAGGGAGAUGACCUUCGAAGGCUUUAUACGGUACAUGCUUUCAGAAGAGUGCAGCAUCUUUAAACAAAAGCACAGGACGGUUUACCAAGAUAUGAACUUCCCAUUGUGCGACUACUUUAUAUCAUCGUCACACAAUACCUACCUGAUACAAGACCAGCUUGUAGGGCCAAGUCACCUGUGGGGCUACGCCAAUUCCCUGAAGAAGGGAUGCCGCUGUGUAGAAAUUGAUUGUUGGGAUGGUCCAAAUAAUGAGCCUGUGGUUUAUCAUGGACAUACCUUGACGAGCAAAAUUACCUUCAAGAAUGUCAUCGAUGUGGUCCACAAGCAUGCCUUUGAGGCAUCAGAUUAUCCCGUUACACUAUCUUUGGAGAAUCACUGCAGCGCUCCGCAACAGGAGAAGAUGGCUGGCCAUUUGCUAGACAUUCUCAGGGAUACCCUCUGUAUUUCAACACUGGAUGAUAGCAUGCCAUCUGAACUACCCUCUCCAGAGCAACUGAAAUUCAAAAUCUUGAUAAAAAAUAAGAAAGUCGGAACUCUGGAAGAAACCCUGCAACGCAGGGGCCAGAGAUGCCUGGGCCAAAUAGCAGAGCUUGAGGAGGUCAUGGAGUCAGAGGAUGACCUUAUUGAUGAAGACCCUAAAGCACAGUUGAUCAAGAAGCCUCUUGCUCGAUUGGCGUCAGCACCCAAAAAGGAUAAGAAGGACAAGAAGACUCAUAAGGUUAAAGUCGCCAUGUUGCUGUCAGAACUUGUGAUAUACACAGCUUCCCGGUCUUUCGUCAGCUUUGAAGAUUCAAAGGAGAAGCAGAAGUUUUAUCAAAAUAAUUCCAUCGGGGAGGUGAAAGGACAAAAACUUAUAAGCAAGAGAGCUCCUGACUUCAUUGCGCACACAACAAACUUCAUUACAAGAAUCUACCCCAAAGGAACCAGGACAGACUCUUCAAAUUAUGAUCCACAAGAAUUCUGGAACGUUGGAUGCCAAAUGGUGGCCUUAAACUUCCAGACACCCGGAGUACAGAUGGAUCUACUGAAUGGAAAGUAUUUGGACAAUGGUGGCUGUGGUUAUGUCUUAAAACCAGAAUUCCUGAGAAAGAGAGACACAGACUACAACCCACAUGACGUAAACAUGAAAUUCAGAGCGCUUACACUUACAGUAAGGAUUAUCAGUGGUUGCCAGCUGCCACCAAGCAACCUAUCCAAGAGUAAUAAGGCUGAUCCUGUAGUCAAGAUAGAGAUUCAUGGAGUUCCUGGAGAUAUGAAUAAACAGCAGACUUCUGUCAUAAAGAACAAUGCUUUGAAUCCUAGAUGGAAUGAAACAUUCACGUUUAACAUCAAUGUUCCCGAUCUUGCCUUAAUACGCUUUGUUUUAGAAGAUCAGAUGGCACUAACUGCAAAUGACUUCCUCGGUCAAUUUACUUUGCCAGUUAUGAGCCUGAAUAAAGGAUACCGCCAUGUUCCAUUGGUCUCCAAGCUCGGAGUGACCCUCAAGCCCGCCUCGCUCUUCGUAUAUAUCUGGUACUGCUUUCAUGUCCUGAGUUAA